CAGAAGAUUGUUUAAUUUCUCUUUGGCGAUGGCGAGUUUGAAUGAAAAGUGGGAAGCUUUUGUCAAGUUUAAGUCUAUUGUGGUAGAUCGUGAAAGAGAUGUUGUUCGAGUGACAGAAGAACUGUAUGAUCUUCAUAAAGGCCGAAAGCAACUCAGGGGUGUAACAAGCAGUUGCGACUAUCGCUUGACCAUACCAUUUGCCCCCCAUCUCUUUGGCUCGGGCAAAACGACCUUUGCCCGAACCUAUUUGGAGUUGGUGCAAAGGUUUGGUGAAACUUCCCUGUCGACGUUUGCUUCAGACCCUUUGAAGAGAACCUUUUUGGAGAAGCUGAAAAGGGCUUCAUUGCUUUAUGCGGAUUUAAAGGAGUUGGAGCCCACAGUCCCCAUAGAGCUGCCUGCUCUCAAGUUGGCGCGGAAGUUUUGCGAAAAAAAAGAAGCCUUCGAAAUGGUGGAUAUGGAACCCUCCAACCUAGUUCCACUCUUACGAGAUAUACUAAGGAUUCCUUCUGAUCAAUAUCUUUUGUUGGCAUUUGACGAAGUUGGUGUGUUUGACACACAGGCAACUUUUUUUGAACUGGAGAAGAAUGACAAAGGUGUGGUUCGACCAUACAACGACUUUUUCGGUAUCAUUAGUCAAUUGUGCAAAGAACCCGACUUGUUUUUUAUAGUUGUUGGGAAAAGCAAAGGUUUAAGUAUUAAGAAUGAUGUGGCUUUUGGGCUAUCAAGAGUUAUACUACAUUUUAUUUCUUUAUCACCUUUGGACGCUUCCAGUAUCGUUGAAUUCCUUGAAAAGACUCUUCUUGAAACACCUACUCAAGUUCCAGUUUGUAAUGUCUUAUGUAGUUCUUCAUUUUCAGUAAAUGAAUUGGCAGAUUCGUUAUUGGAAUGUACAGGUGGAGUUCCUGGUUUGUUGACUCGUGCUGUGAAUAUGCUUUUGAAUUAUAUAAUAGCAAGAAACCAGCCUUUCAUAUCGAAAGAAGAAUGUUUGACGUGUAUGAAUGACUACGAUUUCCGAAGAAUUUGUGCUGAACCAUUUGUGGAACGAAUAUUGAAUUUGGACGAAGAUAGAAAAAGUGUUUUUGAUUUACUUUUGAUGAUGGCUCUUUAUCGUAUACCGUUUAAAGUAGAUGACAUAUUGUCCUCGGAGUCUUAUCUAUUUGAUGCAGUCACUGAGAUGGGACUAUAUCGAUAUCCUAUUGAUCAGAAUACUUUCCAAAUUCUUAUUCCAAAAGUAUUUGUUGGAAUCUUCAAGAACGACCCUUCCAUAUCUUCUUUGGAAAAGAUACUUCUCGAAUCACUUGAUGUAGAACCAGUAGAUUGUUUCUUCUAUUCAAAGUGUCGUGUAUUUGAAGGAAUUGUUGCUUUACGACUAGUUUUGAUGUUGUCUUCAAAGAAUCGAAAUGAGUUGAGGGAAUUGUUGUGUCAAUUGUCUCCAAUAUGGAAACAAAUGAAACUUCCAAUCAGUACAAUAUCACCUAUUCACUAUAUGAAGUCUGUUGUUAGUUCUAGAGAAACAAAAAGUGAAUCGAACAAGAGUCGACGAACUUUUGCGAAUACUGAGUGGAAUAAGAUUAUUCGAGAGACACUUUAUUUAGAGACUAUUUACAUUCCUUUGGACGCUACUUCUCAUAGUCCUGAUAUUAUAUUCAAAUUACAAUCUCCUGUGGAACCCAAAGUUCUUACUGUUGGAGUUGCAUGUAAACGACGUUGGAAGUCGGAAGGAAUUGGCUGGUCAGAUAUUAUAGAUGAAGCCAAGAAAUUUUUAGAUCCUGUUUAUGAUCAAGUCUUAUCCAGUGCAAUGGAUUAUCAUCAUUGUAUGCUUAUUAUCGUUAGUACAAAGUUAUCAUUGAAUGUUUCUAAUGAGUUGGGUAGUCAGAGUCGUUGUUACUCCAGUGGAAUGUUCAUUGGAAAUGAUUCUUUCAAAGUACCUGAUAAUUGUGAACUUGUUAUUCUUUGUGAAAGAGAUGUCCAAAUGCUGAUUGACGAAGAAAUAUUGAAUGGACUUGAAAGAGCAUUUCAUGUUUCUCAUAAUCCUACUUUUUGGGAUUUUGGAUUAGAUUUACUUGAUAGAAUCCGUAACAGUUUCUUAAGUUGGCAAUAGAUUCUAACUCAAUCCUUCACUUUGUGAUUUGUUUUGAAGAGCAAGUAAACUUUUUUUUGUAUGUUCGAAACUUGGUUACAGCUUACUCGCUUGUCUUUUGGACACCAUACAGUCUUCCUUGAAAAGAGUUUAUUAGCUGGCUUUCAAGGCUGGCUUAUAAUCGUUUCAUGUCAAUUUUGCAAUAUUGCAGAGUUGUAGCAAUGAUUCAAAAUGAAUAGACUAUACAUACAUACAUGUUGAUACAACUAGAAUGAAAAAUAUCCUUUCUUGUCCAAGUACUUAGUAAAGUGGUUACCGAAAGA